CGUAUACGCGGCCGGGCCCGCAGCAUGGCGUCUGUGUCGCUGAGCGAGGCGGAGAAGGUGUACAUCAUGCACGGCGUCCAGGAAGACCUCCGCGUGGACGGCCGUGGCUGUGAGGACUACCGGUGCGUGGAAGUGGAAACCGACGUGGUGUCCAACACCAGCGGCUCUGCCAGGGUCAGGCUGGGCCACACAGACAUCCUGGUAGGGGUGAAAGCAGAAAUGGGGACGCCGAGGCUGGAGAGGCCCGACGAAGGCUACCUGGAGUUCUUCGUUGACUGCUCAGCCAAUGCUACCCCGGAAUUCGAGGGCCGCGGAGGGGACGACCUCGGCAUGGAGAUCGCCAGCACCCUCUGCCGGAUAUUCAACAACAGGAGCAGCGUGGACCUGAAGUCCCUGUGCAUCAGCCCCCGGGAGCACUGCUGGGUCCUCUACGUGGAUGUGCUGCUGCUGGAGUGUGGUGGAAACUUGUUCGACGCCAUCUCCAUCGCUGUGAAGGCCGCGCUCUUCAACACGAGGAUCCCGAAGGUCCGUGUCCUGGAGGACGAGGAGGGCUCGGAGGACAUCGAGCUGUCCGAUGACCCGUACGACUGCAUGCAGCUCAGCGUGGAGAACGUGCCCUGCAUCGUCACCCUGUGCAAGAUUGGCUGCCGGCACGUGGUGGACGCCACCCUCCAGGAGGAGGCCUGCUCCCUGGCCAGCCUGCUGGUGUCGGUCACCAGCAAAGGGGUGGUGACCUGCAUGAGGAAGGUGGGGAAGGGCAGCCUGGACCCCGAGAGCAUCUUCGAGAUGAUGGAGACCGGCAAGCGCGUGGGCAAGGUGCUGCACACCUCACUGCAGGACGUUCUGCGCAAGGAGGAGAGCCUGGGGCCCGAGAGGCCGAAGGUGGGGUUCCUGGGGUGACCGGCACGCCCCUCUGGUGGUGGACUCUGUGUUCCUGUUCGCUUUGCCCCGGAGGCAGGGUCCUGAGAUGCGCUGUCCAGGCUGGUCUCGAGCUCCCGGACUCCUGCCUGUCUCCCCAGUCAGUCGCUGGUGCAAGAAGCUCGCACCACCGCACCCCACUUCCCUCUUCCUUGUGAACUGCUUUGUAUAUAUAUUUUCUGGCCUGUGAAUGUAAAAUUAAAGUCUAUUUUCCGGCCUGCUG